AGCUCGACAGUGAGACGUAUUAUUAAAGGCGUUGGCAUUGCGAUUCCCAGUCAGUUGGUGCCUUGGUAUAGAUGCAAGUAAUGGGAGCUGGAGCAGCAAGGCUCCUACUUUUACUGGCUUUCGGGAGUCUGGAAGUGCGGGGCCUGCCAUACUUGCUGGACCCACAGUGCGUAUCAGCAAGGUCUGAGCCAGGACACUAUCGUGUGAUCAAUGGCAGAGCUGCAGACCUGCUCUCCAACCCCUGGAUGGUUAUUGUCAUCGAACGCGGACUGAUGAAGUGUGGGGGAUCGCUGAUCACGCCACGAUAUGUACUGACAGCUGCGCACUGCAGAAGCGAAACCAACCGGCAACUGACAGUGCGAUUGGGGGAGUACGACGUGAAUCAGCCAUUCGAUUGCACGAACUACGGCUGCAUUCCCCGUCCCAAGGAAAUCAAUGUGACGAGGACGUUCGUGCACGGCCAUUUCAACGAUUUCCACAGCAAUGACAUAGCGCUUCUCAGACUGGAAACGGCAGUUCAGUAUGGAGAGCACAUACGGCCGAUCUGCAUGAUAAUGGGAGACUCUACCUGGUCGAGGAACGUACUGAAGAACAUACUGCAGUUCAACACCACAGGCUGGGGUCGCACGGAGGCGCGAACAAGCAGUCCUGUCCUCCAGCAAACUUCCCUGACGCACUACAGCCGCAGCUACUGCGCCCAAUACUUCGGCCGGCAGAUGGAUCACACCCACAUAUGUGUGGGGAGCAGCAGCAGCGCCACGUGCAGCGGAGAUUCUGGAGGUCCCCUAACGGCUAGGCUGCAGCUUGGGCGGGAGAAAAGGGUCGUCCUCUUCGGAGUGGUCAGCUAUGGGCCAGGUCACUGCCUAGGGCCCACUGUCUUCACAAACGUCCUGCCCUACUCCAGUUGGAUCGAGUGGCAUGCCAAAAACAAUUGAGGGUGGUUUAAAUAAAUCGAAAUUAAUGUGCCAGCGAA